CCCCCUUUUAUCAUCAUCGAAUUAUAAACCUAUUUCUUCAGCUCCAUCAAUCUUUAAUCUCCGUUUUGUUUUUCUCUUAUCUUACAUUUUUUUUUUUUGGUCUCAAAUUUUUAGUUAGAGUUAGUAAUUUAUUGCGGGAGUGGGGAGAAAGUUAUGGAUUCGGAGGACGAAAUGUCGAUGCACGACGCCAACGACGCCGAGUCGCUCGACGAUGACUUUUACAGCGGCGAUGGUGCCGACUCCGACGAAGCUGACAUCACUAUGGAUUACGAGUUCAUAGACAAUGAUUCCGACGAUUCCGACGACUUUCCCUCUCACCACCGCUCUCAGGUGCGUAAUUCCAGUUAUCUACAAUCGCCAUCUCUUCUUUUAUCUAUUUUUUGUUUUUGUUUGUGUAUAUCAUUUUUCAUUUCCGUCGAUAACUUAUUGAUGUAAGCUGAUGAAGAUUCUUCAAUCCGAAUGAUCGGUCAAAUUCUGCUAUUGAUUUCUCUUUGACAUGUUAAUCUACUGCCUAAGUUGGUGUACGAAACUGUCCUGUCUCCAAUUGCCAGUUUUGGUGUUUAUUUAGGAUUUUUUUUUUUCGGUUUUAGUCGGAUUGGCGAUAGAGGCUUGAGCCAAUGAAAGCUGAAAAUUUUAAGCUUGAUGGAUAAGGUUUCUGGAUUCUUGAGUGUUUUGCUGCUUUGCUGAUUAUCUAAAAUGUUUAAACGUUGAAGCUGUUCUUUGCAUAUGGCGAAGGAUCAUGUAUUACACCUAGUGAAGAAGAUGGACAGAGUUUCUGUGCAAAGAGACUUCUCUAGUGUUUUGGUGUAGUUUUUUUUUUCCCUCCACCUUCCAAUCUCUGUGCAGAAUUGAUGUGAGAGUUGUUUACCUAUGUAACUCACCGGUGGUAAGGAAGAUUCCUAGGUUUGGCCCAGGGCUUCGAUGGUCAAGUAACUAGUUCUUUUUGGUAAGGGCACUUCUUAGAAAGUAGAAGUAAAACUCAAUUCGAUCCCGUUUGUCAUAAUUGUUGUGUCUGUAUGUUCUGCUCUGGGGAUCAUUUCAGAGGGUCAUCUGACAGGAUCUCUCUUUGUUGGUAUCUUCUGACUUGGAGGCGUAAACUGGUGCUCAGCGAGACACUAUCCAUUUCUGGUUGGUCUAUAGCAUAACGGUCGGGUCUAUCUCCCAUCGAAAAGUGCCAUGCGUCUCAUUCUUAUUGGGGAUAUAUGUUCUACUUAUGAUGGACUACUGAUAGUUUAUUUAAGGACUGUGAUAAUUGGCAUAGGUACCCCCAAAUGACAUUAUAUGGUCUUGAUUAGAAUUUGGGUUGGAGUUCACUGAGGCCAUCUAUAUUAGGAAAGUUAGACUUCAAUGUUAAGGUAAUUUAUUUAUUUAGUUUUAAAUUGCUGACGUCUUUUAUCAAAGAUACUUUUUGUGCUGAGUCAAGUUAAUAUGGUAACUUGCUAAGAAAUUUUCUUUGGGUAAGAUAUAAAUUGAUAAGAGAAGGGAAUGGAGAUUGGGAGGAGCAUUAUCAUUUAUUCGAAAAGCAUCUUGCAUCUGUUACUCUUCUAAAACCUUCACGAUAUCAUUCCUUACAUUUCAUCGAAUUUUGUAAAAAAAUUUAGCUUCUAGUGUUCUGUAAUCCAUUCGUUUCUGUUUGCCUAUGAAAGAAUUGACGGCAUCCCUCCUGAUAGCUUGUUAACAGAAUGGAUAAGAUGUAGCCAUAUAUACACAUACAACAAUUGGGAGCUAAAAUUUGUUUGCAAUUUUUUGUUCAGAUAGUUUUGGCUAGAGCUUAGAUCAUGGGAUACUUAUGAGGUUGAUGUCAGUGGUUUGGCUUGUGCAAUCUUUGCCGUCUUACCAAUGUAGUGUCCUGAUAAGGUAUCUUCAUUUCAAGAUCAUUGGUUAUUAAUAUAAAUCAGAAGGGAUGAAGUUUUCUUGGAGCUGCUGAAUUGAUGAAAGUAAAGCGAAAAAUAGAGAUGGUGGAAAAGUUGAACCCUUUCUCCUUCUAGUGGUGUUAAAUUUUAUGUGUAAGAAAUGGAAGGAAGGUUUAGACUUGACCAUGCAGAGACUACCGUGUAGCUGUUUAUUUUGGAGAUUACAAAUUUUGUAAUAGAGAAGCAUUGGUUGCCACCUGAGCAGCCAUACUACAAGUUGAUGGAAGGUGCAGAAUACGUAGCAAUUGCAUCUUGCUUGUAAAAGCUCUCAAUAAAGUGUAUCCUGAAGUUUGCUUAAUAACUUCUUCAAGUGCUUUUAAGGAACUGUUUAUUUAUCUAGUGAUUGUAAUUUUGGCCCAUUGCUUAUCUAACGUCGUUGUAGAGUUGUGUUUUUUUUUUUUUUCCCUUAGUGACUGCUGCAUCUGGUUAUUAAUGAAAUUUGGGAAUUGAAGUUGAGUGUAGUUAUCAAGGGUAUUUAUGGCUUGUAUUUGCAUUUCAAUAUCGUUCUUGUUUUCCAAUAGGUAUUGCUGGGUGUAGCCAAUAUAUGAGCUGCAUAUUUCUUUCUUGGUUGUGCUUCAGUGCUUGGAGUUCAAUUCGUUAUGCAUUCUGUUGAUCUGUGAUUUCAGUUUGUGCUUACUCUGAAGAACUAUUCAUGUGUCUUUGAGUUUCUGUCCUAGAACUUUCAAUUGAACGUUGCGAACUCUCACUUGGGAAUUUUAAACUUCAUAAUUGUUGCAGCUAAACUAUACUGUCCUGGGGGAAGCAGACAUACUUCAGCGCCAGGAGGAAUAUAUUACACAAGUAUCUAUGGUGCUUUCUAUAUCAAGGAUUGCUGCUAGUAUCCUUCUCCGUCACUAUAACUGGUGAGCUAUCUCAUUGUGGUUUUUGUAUGCUAGUUUAUUUGAAUAAGCCAGAGGUGCAGUUGAUGCUAUUUGAUUACUUGAUGCAGAUGAAUUUCCCAUCGAUGCUCAUUGGUUUUUCUUUUCUUUUCUUUGGUAAUCAAAAAUUUUUGGGAUUCGUCUCAUUAGCAAAGCUCUGUUGUUUCUAUUAGUGUAAAUGCCGACCGAGGUGAUUCCACUGGUGUCUCAUUAUUUCAUGGUUUAGUAGUUCUCCUAGUAACAAUGUAUGCUUUAGUAGAUUGUAUUAGAUUCGGCGUGGAAUACUAGGUCGUUUUUCAUAGGUUAAAAAGAAAAAGCACCACCCCAUAAUUUCAGAAAUGAAGUCUUUUCUUUGCUCAGAGUCACAAAAUAAUUGGAGGGUAAAAAGUGGAAUGAGUCCGAAGGAAAAGCAACCUAAAUCCUCAGAAAGAGUCACUAGCAUAUUAAGUGCACAGUUUUAAACUUUAGUUGUUUUAUGGUAAUUAGCACGCAUUGGAAGAUAUGCUACAAAGACAUCAGAAGAACACCAAAAUACGGUCCCUUCCUUCUUUAGUAUGGGUUUGUGCCAAUUUAUGCUUUCCUUGUUCUUUUACUGGUUAAACACUUAAUAUUUCCAUCUGAAGGAGCCUGACUAUUUGUCCAUUUUCAGGUGUGUCAGUAGAGUAAAUGAUGAGUGGUUUGCUGAUGAAGAGAAGGUUCGCAGGGUUGUUGGCUUAUUGGAAUAUCCUGUCCCCCUUCCUGAUGCAAAAGAGGUGUUUGUCGAUUUUGUCUAUCAUGCGUCCUUUUGCUAUAAUGCAUUGUGUGAGAUCUAAAUACAAUUAAGGGAUUCAUCUGUGAAAAUGUACAACAUACUAUAAGGUUUAACGUGCAACGCCUGAGUACACAACAUAUUGCGUCGCUUUCCCCACCUGAACCUUACCAUUCUACUUGUUAAGAGCACAUAGCAAGGGUAUCAAAGUUGAAACUGGACACUUCUUUCAGGACAAGGAAAAGUUUAGAAAUGAGAUUUCUUUUCUUGGAGUAAUUGUUAGGACUAGAUGAAAAUUUUGUAUGUAGCAGUUCUUGGGUGGCUUCUAGGUCCUCUUUCUGAGUGAUAAAUAUCUUCUUGCAAAGUUCUUGAAAGUUGCAGCUCUCCUAUCGUUGCAGGUUACAUGUGGAAUCUGCUUUGAGAUGUAUCCUUGUGACAUGAUGAGAUCUGCUGCGUGUGGUCAUCCUUUUUGCGUAACUUGUUGGCAAGGAUACAUGAGCUCGUCAAUAAAUGAUGGUCCUGGAUGCUUGAUGUUGCGUUGUCCUGAUCCAUCCUGUUGUGCUGCUGUUGGUCAAGAUAUGAUAAAUGCAUUGGCUCUGAGGGAGGAUAAAGAUAAAUACAAACGUUACUUCCUCAGAUCCUUCAUUGAAGACAAUCGGAAGACAAAGUGGUGUCCUGCACCAGGGUGUGAAUUCGCUGUUGAUUUCAUCGUUGGAAGCGGAAGCUAUGAUGUGAAUUGCCGCUGUUCCUAUAGCUUUUGUUGGAAUUGUACAGAGGAAGCCCACCGACCUGUUGAUUGUGGUACUGUAGCCAAAUGGAUUUUGAAAAAUAGUGCCGAGUCUGAAAAUAUGAACUGGAUACUAGCUAAUUCAAAGCCUUGUCCUAAGUGCAAAAGGCCAAUAGAGAAGAAUCAAGGGUGUAUGCAUAUAACAUGCACACCACCAUGCAAAUAUGAGUUUUGCUGGCUCUGUUUGGGUGCAUGGUCAGAUCACGGUGAAAGAACUGGUGGCUUUUAUGCAUGCAAUCGCUAUGAGGCAGCCAAGCAAGAGGGAGUUUAUGAUGAAGCUGAAAAACGAAGAGAGAUGGCUAAGAACUCUUUAGAAAGAUACACUCACUACUACGAAAGAUGGGCCACCAAUCAAUCGUCUAGGCAAAAAGCUCUUGCUGAUCUCAGCCAAAUGCAAGCCGUUCAUCUUGAAAAGUUAAGUGAUAUCCAGAGUCAGCCGGAAUCGCAGCUCAAGUUUAUUAUAGAAGCCUGGCUACAGAUUGUUGAAUGCAGGCGGGUGUUAAAAUGGACAUACGCAUAUGGAUUUUAUUUACCAGAGCAUGAACAGGCAAAGAGGCAGUUCUUUGAAUACUUACAAGGUGAAGCUGAGUCGGGACUGGAAAGACUACAUCAAUGUGCUGAGAAGGAACUACAAGGUUACCUCAAUGCUGAGGGCCCAUCAAAAGAUUUCAAUGAAUUCCGUACAAAACUAGCUGGACUCACUAGUGUUACACGCAACUACUUUGAGAAUUUGGUCCGUGCUUUGGAAAAUGGUCUUUCAGAUGUGGACUCUCAUGGUGCCUGCAGUAGAGCAGCUAGCUCAAAAAGUUUGGGAGGAGGGAGCAGCAAGGCUAGAGGAACCAGAGGCAAAGCAGCUGCUUCGAAGUCAAGCAGUUCUAGAAUGGAUGAUUCAGGUCACUGGUCAUGUGAGUACUGCACAUUUGGUAACGUGAAGUCUGCUACCAUUUGCCAAAUGUGCCAGCAACGGCAUUAACCUCCCUUUCAGCGUCUUUGCUGUGGAAAAAUCUGGUUUCUGAUCGUCCGGCCGGUGCCGUGAUGAAGCUUGCGGAUACAGUGAAGACGAUGUUGGAUGUUGGUCUUCCGGUUGGCCACAUUUUGGGUCAAAUGCGGACAGAAGGAAGAUGGAAGGAUGCUACGCGUUGAAGUGGCUAUUUGAAUUGUAUAUAUGUGGUUUUGUGUAUCUUGUACCCCUUGGAAGUUUCUGCCAAAGAUGCAAGAGUUUCAGUUUGACCAUGGAACCAUAUCUAUUAGAAACACCAUUAGACAGAAGCUAGGCUUAUUCUCUCUAAUCAUGGGUGGGUGAAGGAUUUGGCAACAUGUUAACUCCUGUAUCAAGAUGAAUUACAUUUAUUGAAUCUUUCUUUAUUUAUAAAAUUCCCGUUUGUAAAUACACAUUUUCUUCAGUAUGUUAGAUUAUGAAUCAAGUGAGAGAAUUUUACUGUGACCCUUUCUGGCUGUCUUUCUAACCGAAUUCUGAUACUCACAUCAUUGAUGGGCUUCUCCCAUUUCUGAAGUCUGAACGACUGUUGCUUUUCUCCCUUAGGAAGUUGGCCUCCAAAAGAGCCUAAAUGUGUAAGGAACCACCCUCAGAAAUCUCGAAUACGUGUGUUUAACAUACACCGGAUCGAAGCUAUUAAAAACACAUAAUGUACCUUGCACUAAUUAAACAGGGUUACUAACCCCACAUCGAUGCCACCAUCAGCAAAACCAGAAAAGCGGGCGAUGCUCUGAAAGAACAAUCUUGUGUAAAGAGUAAACUUAAUCGAUUGGAGGUAACUGGAUGGUGAGAAAAGAAACUGAGUUUGUAACCUGAAAUCUAUGAUAUGAGUUGUGUGUACAGCUUCAGCCUAGAAAGAAAACAACUUCCAAUUGGCAAUAAAAAAAUACACCUACUUCAGCUUCUUGAACUAAUCAGUUUCCAUUGUAUAGCAACAAAUGUUAAAUGAGAUAAGCGUACAAAAAGAAUAAACUCCAAUUUGACAAAAGGUAAAGCAGAAUUCAGUUUCCUUCUAUGAAAGGAAAGAGGUGCCUGCAUGAUUAUGGUGGAGAAGAUUGUGGGCAAUAGCAUCCCUUGCUUUCAUCGCGUUCACUGACCUCAACGGCAUCUCGGGGAUCAUUUCAUCAUCAUAGAGAUCGAACUUGAGUUCUGGAUCCAUUUCCUCAUUCCUAAUUUCACAAAUAUUAUGCAGAACACAGCACGCACCCAGCACUACUGGCAAAUCCUGAAGUUUCACUUCUGUCCUUUUCUGCAAACAAGACCAUCUUCCUUUCAAUCUUGCGAAUGCAUCUUUCGAUAUCCUUUGAACAUCCCCGAUUUUCUCAUUGAACGCAUGCUGAGUCCAAGUCAAAUGCUGCUGUGUGUAAGGCACCAAUACCCAAUCCAUCAAAGGGUAUCCAGAACCUCCACCAAUCCAAACACCAUUGAGCAGCCCUUGAUUAGCCCUCUGGAAAAGAGCGGAUUUCUCCAGAACUUGAUCAUCAGGCAUUGAACCUGGCCAGCCAAUGCAUACAUCUGUGAACACCCCUUUCGGAUUAACAACACCCUGCACAGUAAUUGAAUACGAAGUCUUUUGAUUCCUCUCAGUGUGCCUCUUGUUAAAAUACGCAGCAACACUAAUCUUGGGCGCAAUUAUCGGUAUAUGAGUAGUAUACAUUGAUCCAACAACAUUAGGAAUGCCUGAUAAGGAUUCAUACUCAUCCUGAAUCCUCCUGGCUGACUCCUCAUCCGGCCAUUGAAGAUACCUAGGCAUCAAAACUGUCCUAAUAGCAGAGCAAACCUCAAGCACCAGCUUAUGACAUGUUGAUAUCCCCAAUCCAAACCUCUUUGAAACAAGCCUAAGUGGCUCCCCAGUGGCCAAUCUCCAGAUACAAACAGCAACUCGCUGCCUUACCGGGACAGCAUCCCUCAGCAUAGUGUUCUCCUUCGCCACCACCGACGUCAAUUCAUUGCAAAUCAUUUCAAACGUGUCCUUCCCCAUUCGAAACGCCUUCUUGAACUCUUCUUCAGGAAAUUCAGCACUGUUGCAUUGAUCCCACCACGCCUUUGAUCUAUCCUUCACCCACAAACGCCUCUGUGGCGCCCCUUUAGCGCCCUUAUCUCCCUGUUCGCCUCCACCGCUAUUCCCUGAACCGGCAUCGUGUUCUGCCGCAUCAACAACAGCAGCGGCAAGGGUUGUGGCAGCUGCAGCAGCAGUAUUAGCCCUCCCCUUCCUCUUCCUGAUCCCUUCUUUAAGAUCUGCUUCUCUGUGAUAAUCCUGCAACUGAGAGUAAUAAUCCAACAUGGCCCUUUCUUUCUUCUGGUGAUUGGAUUCAAAAAAGAGCUUCUCUUGCUCUUCUUCCUUGGCGAAUUCGUCCUGAUCCUUCUUUUCUUGCUCCUCAAGCAAUAUCAAGGAAGUUAUAAUCUCCUUCAAAUCCUUAGUCUUGACCCCACCAGGUUUCUGCUCUUGGAAUUGAUUGUUCUCACCAUUAGCAUCUUCAAACUCUGGCACGCUUGAACUAUCCUUCUUCCUGCGCUUCCUCUUAUUAUCAUUCAUUUGCUAGGUCGAUUACCGUUUUUUUUUCCCCUUCCUCUAAAAGGAAAUUGAGUAUAUAUAACCCACAAAGAACAGGGGAACCAAAAAAAAAAAAAAGAAAAAUAGAACCACAAGUUUCCUUCCCCGGUGGAGACACAAUCCUUCCUCAAAUACAGAGAGAAUACAAAACAAAAAAAAAGCCCCAACUCACCAAACUCGCACAUCACCUGUUUGACGGAAUGUGUGAAUGGAAAUGUGAACACGAACUGAAAAAGUAAGCGGGUUUCAAACUUUGAUACUGAAAGUCGUUGAUGGGUUUUCCUAAGAACAAGCGACAGAUGUAAUAAUAAUACUUUUAAAAAUAUGGUCUGAUUUGAUUGGGGAAGAAAAGUGACUGGGUUUAAGGUAAAAUGAUCACUUGCCAAAAUUGUUUUUUUUUUUUUUUAAAGGUAAAAAAUAACUGUGAAUGGUGUGAACGCGGUUUUGGGACAUGAGGAAGUUUCGAGGGGAUGGAUUUAGAAUUAUUCAUAUCCGAUGUUAUAUUAAAUUGUCGGAUCGAUGAGAUUUUAAGGGAAAAAAAA